CCGGAGCGCACACACAGCUGCCUGACACGCUUCUCUGUGGCACACGGUGGCGACUGGACGUCAGAGGAGCUCAGGGGAAAUACUGCAGUCAUCCCUAAAUGUGAUGAACAGAUAGGACAACAUUUCUUUUUUUUAAUCUCCAGGAUAAUUGAGGGAGAAAACACUCUUCAACCACUUUGGAAUUAAUUUAUCUGUUUUUUCUAUCCAAAAGGUGUGUAAGUUAAACAUGUUGCCACAUUGCUCCCUCCUGCUGUUGCUAUGCGUGGCCCGGCUGCUCCCCGCCUCCUCGGCCUUGCCCUUCGAGCAGAAAGGCUUCUGGGAUUUUGCAAUGGACAAUCUGGACAGCGGCAAGCUGAUGGAGAUGAUGAGGGAUGAGGAAGAAGGUUCAGCCGUGGAGGAGGUCUUCCCCCCGGAUGUGCACAUGUGCCCCUUCGGCUGCCACUGUCACCUCCGGGUCGUCCAGUGCUCUGACCUCGGUCUGACUGAGGUGCCAAAGAAUAUUCCUCAAGACACCAAGUUCCUGGACCUGCAGAACAACCGUAUCACCGAGCUCACGGAGAAUGACUUCAAAGGCCUCACUCACUUAUACGGUCUGUCUCUGAGGAAUAACCUUAUUUCCAAAGUUCACCCUAGGACAUUUGCCCCACUGAAGCACAUGCAGAAGCUCUACUUCUCCAAAAACCUGCUGACCACCGUCCCCAAGAACUUGCCCGCCUCUCUGGUCGAAAUGAGGAUCCACGAGAACCGCAUCAGGAAGGUGGAAGCUGGAGCCUUCACAGGACUGGUCAACAUGAACUGCAUAGAGAUGGGAGCAAACCCCAUCCAGAACAGUGGUUUUGAGCCUGGAGCCUUCAAGGGACUGAAACUGAAUUAUCUGCGUAUUUCAGAGGCCAAACUGACCGGGGUGCCAAAAGAUCUCCCAGAUAGUCUCAAUGAGCUUCAUCUUGACCACAACCAGAUCCAGGCUAUAGAACUGGAGGACCUGAGCCGCUACAAAAACCUGUACAGGUUGGGCCUCGGUUUCAACCACAUCCGCAACAUAGAGAACGGCAGUCUGUCCUACCUGCCCAGGCUGAGAGAGCUGCAUCUGGAUAACAACCGCCUCACUAGUGUUCCCAGAGGCCUCCCAGACAUGAAAUACCUGCAGGUGGUGUACCUGCAUUCCAACAACAUCAACCAGGUGGGCGUGAACGACUUCUGCCCUCGAGGAUUCGGGAUGAAGAGAACGUUCUAUAAUGGCAUCAGCUUGUUUGCUAACCCCGUCAAUUACUGGGAGGUGCAGCCUGCCACGUUCCGCUGCGUCAGCGACCGGCUGGCUAUUCAGUUCGGCAACUACAAAAAGUAAAGACAGGGAGAUGCUGAGCAGUGGAGACAGUGAGUGGAAGGAGGAGCAGCAGAUCAUUUAAAUGAUGAAAAAAACUUGAGAGAGAGAGAGAGAAGAAAGGGAGUUAAUAUUGCAGAUUUUUAUUAUUAUUAGUUUUUUGGAGGGAGUGUGAGAGUUGGAGAAAAUGGGCAAUAAACUGGUGAAAUAGAAGAAGACGUCAAUAAUAUGAUAUCACAGCUUGGAGGGAGUGGAAAGCAAAGCACCUGCAGGGCUUCACCUGAGUUUGAAUGAAUUUAAUGUUUUAGAGUUUUACGAUUUGAAAAGGAGGAAACAGAGGAUGGUUGAAAUUUAUGAAAAAUGAGAACUGAAAACUUGUGAAGCAUUUCAUUCCUUUUCUUUUUACACAAUAGUGCUCAUUGCGAUAGAGGCCAUUUUUAUUUCAUUAACAUUUUGAUUAAGAUCACAAGCAAAGAAUAGAAACGCAAUGCUUUAUAGAUGUUUUUUAUAUAUGAAAAAGGUGCUAUGACUUAUGUGUGCUCCCUGUUGGUCUGAAGCGAGUUGGUCCUCAACGUUGUGAUUAAAAGAUACUGUAUUAAUAUACAACCAGUCACAGAAUUGUGGCCAUUUUCCACCACGUUCAGACAUAAAAACAAUUGCACAUAAAGUUGAAACUUCACUUCAUCGGCUAAACAGCAUUUUUUUUGUAUAUAUCAUGUCGGUUGAUUGAUUAAAAGACCAAUAUGUACA